GGUGUGGAAGUCCAUCCUGCAGUGUGGCCCACUACUGCCUGCUUCCUCUGUUGGGAGCUUGCCGUGCCCCUCUGCUGCUCUGUGUCCAGGAGCUACGGUCUGCCCUUGCACUAGAAACGUGGCUGUAUCUCCUGGAGAAGCCACGGGAAGGGGCUUCUCAAUGCGGAGAUGAGGUGGCUCUGUAGUGCUGAGCAGCUGGUCACCCCAGCAGAGUAAGUGUCGAGAGACUGCACUCCCGGUCGUGCGGGGAACGGGCUCAUUGAGCCCCCACCCAGCCUCAGGUGGGGCAGCCUGCUCGAGACCAGCAGACCCCCGCGGUGUGAGCUCUGCCUGGGCGCUCCAGCAGGACACCAGAACAAGUCUGACGAGCCUCUCUGCCAAGAGCUUCAUUUUUCUUGAGCCCACGCAGCCUUCUGCUUGCACACAGCAAGGGAUUAGCACAUCCCUGUCCCAGCUUCUCUGUUUGGACCUUGGAAAUCCCUCUUGGAGUCAGGAGGCCAGAGAGGAGGAAGAAUUUGGCUCUGGUCAUUACCACUCUUCAGUCUGGACGUUGCACCAGGAGCAGAUACUUUCAUUGUGCUUCUCAAACUCUGGACUCUGAGGUCAGGGUUGUGGCCCUAGAACCGUGUGUGUCCAGGAAUACUGACCAGGAAGGAACACGUUAAGACUGAAUUUAUGCCAUUCAACCAUGUUGUACUGUGGAAAAAAAUCUUGUUUUGUUGCUGUGCCAUCUGUCUUCACGUUUGUGAUCCUUUUGACCCACUACUGGAAAAGAUCUAUGUUCCAGAAUGAUACACCAAGAAUAAUCUAUGUUGAACCAGCACCCACUGAUCAGACGCUCGAGCUUUGUGGAGGGAAACCUGCCUCUAACACAAUCACAGCCUUGGAGGAUAACAGAACCUUUAUCGUAGCCCCGUACUUUGAUAACAGAGAGAGCAAAAUCACCCGAGUGAUUGGGAUUGUUCACCAUGAGGAGGUGACGGCACUUUACUGCUGGUUCUGCUGCCAGCCCGAUGGGGACAUACACGUAUCUAGGGGACACAUUGAUGUCCAUUCGGAUCGAUUUGACUUCCCGUACGGUGCAGCAGACCUGCUCUGUGCAGAACCCCCCACCUGUGAUCCGAGCUAUGUGUCGAUUCACUCAUUCUCUAAUGGAAAUAUUGAACAGCUGCCCAGAUUUGAAAUAAAGAACCGCAAGCCUGAGCCCUUUUCUGCUGACUUCACCGUGUGCAUCUCAACCAUGUUUGGAAACUACAACAAUGUCUUACAGUUUAUACAGAGCAUGGAGAUGUACAAAAUUCUUGGGGCCCAGAGAGUGGUGAUCUAUAAGAACAGCUGCAGCCCCCUGAUGGAGCGCGUCCUGGCCUUCUACAUUGCAGAAGGGACCGCCGAGGUCAUUCCCUGGCCCAUCACCUCCCACCUCAAGGUGUCUCCUCACUGGCGCUUCCCGAAGGAUGGGACGCACAUCGGUUACUACGGACAAAUCACCGCUCUCAACGACUGCGUGUAUCGCAACAUGUACCGGAGCAGGUUUGUGCUGCUCAAUGAUAUCGAUGAGAUUAUUCUGCCCGCGAAGCACCCGGAUUGGAAAACCAUGAUGAGGAGUCUUCAGGAGCAGAAUCCAGAAACGGGCGUUUUCCUCUUUGAGAAUCACAUCUUCCCCAGCACCGUGUUCGCUGCCACAGCCGUGUUCAACAUCUCGUCCUGGAAUGCAGUGCCUGGAGCGAACAUUUUGCAGCAUAUCCACAGAGAAGCCAACAGGAAAGACAGAUACAACCCUAGGAAAAUGAUAGUUGAUCCAAGAAGGGUGAUUCAGACUUCAGUCCACUCUGUUCUGAAGAUGUAUGGCAACAGCUUGACAGUGUCCAACAAUAUUGCCAUAACAUUUCAUUGCAGGGAACCCUAUGAACCAGAUGUGCCAAAGGUAACCCUGAUAAGAGAUGCAACACUCUGGAGGUAUAAUGCAUCUUUGCUUAUUAAUGUUAAUAAGGUGUUACAUAAAAGUGGUAUUUUAAAAACAAUGUUGAAGCCAUAAUAGAUGCUGAAAGACUCACAUAAGGUGAUGGCAGUAGCACUUAAGAAGUGUUAGGUCCUUCCGAGUAAUAUACUGGAAAGAAUAAUAAAGAGUGAUUUUCUGUAGAAGAGACUUCAGUGUAAGAACGAGCUGAGACAUCACAAGAAAAAGUGCCUUGUAUGGUAGUGUUGCAAUAACGAGUUAACUCUUAGCAGAUGUCUCAACUGUGAUCUUUACUGCAUAUCCGUUGGACUUUCAAAGGAUGAAAAAGUUGUGCUAUCCUCUGAACUUUGUUAUUGCUGCUUUCUAUUCCAAACUCGUAUGUGGGUUUUCCCCCCUGCUUUUAUGUGAUUCUUUCUGAACAUGUGAGGGUGGAACUUCCUGUACUGUGUGUGAAACCGUCAUCAGGUGAAAUGCAGGAAGAGUCUGGGAGGCUUGGCCAGGACACAACUCGCUCCCCUGGUGCAGCCAGGUGAUCCAACCAUUGGGCUAUGGCCUCAGGCUCCUCUCUUGGUGCCCUCUUGAGCCAAAUGACUUGUGUGCAGAGAAUAACACGCCAGCUUGCACAGGAGAGGCUGAGAGUGCUCUCUGCUCACGCUGGCCCAGAGCUCUCCGGGGAGGCAGGAGCAGGAUGCCAGAUUUGCUUCAAUGACGGUGUGUAGCGGCAUCCUGGCUGCAAGUGUGCUGCGCAGGCCGCAGCGCUGCCUCCCUCCCCUGGCCUGGCUGUGUUUGCAUCAGGAAGGCAAGAUGGCCAAAUAAACCACAGCUCACAUCUACUGCCUGCAGGACUGCUCCGCUUGUGCCCAGAAACCCCCUCCCUGGACAGCCACUGCCUCCCGCCCUCACUCCUGAGAGGAAGAGUCACGUGGCCCUGCCAGCUCUCGCAGAAGCUUGUUUCAUGGUGCACGGUGGCACGAGCCCUUUGCAGUGGGGCCCCAGGACUGAGACCUCGAGUGCCUUGUUCCCUUCCCAUUGCAGAGGCACCCAUGCGGCCUCCCCUGCAGCGCUGCCAGGAGUGGUUUCCGUGAUCCCUGGGGUCAGAGCAGCACCGCAGCUCAGCCUGUCCCCCCACAUGGCUGCUGGAGCCCGGGGCCCGGCCGGCUGCACCACCUUCAUGCUGGGUGCUGCACAUGCAUCCCUGCCCAGCAGCGGGAGGGCAAGCGGGGUGGCUGCAUGUUGGGUCCCGCUGCUGCCAGCACUGCUUCUGCUCCUGCUUCUGCUCCUGCUCCUGCCUGCUGAGAAGAGGCAUCCUGGGGCUUUGCCUUUGGAGCUCCUGUUGGUGCCUCCCAGAGGCGCUGGGCAGCAGAGGACCCAUCAGUGUCCCGGGACCAAGUCACUCCUAAGAGCCAGAUGCUGCACAUGGAAUAUUUGUUAUAACUGUCCAUCCGUGUCUCUGGUCUUAUACCCUGGGGGCUCCUGCCUAAGCACUGCAGUGGGAAAGCAGGGCCCAGGGCAGGUGCAGGAGCCCAGCAGCUGCUUUCUUUGGGCAUUGUAAUGCGCUAUUAUAAAUUGAUUGAAUUAGAACAGAAAUAAAGUAAGAUUCUUUUUUUCUUUUAACUCA